CAUCAAAAUUUACAUUGUAGAAAAAUUUCUAUUCGCGAAAAUGUUAAGAAAGUUAUGAUUUUCCCAUAGACUCUCAUUAUGAAAUAUUGCGUGAGGUCCCUAUUUUUCAAAUCAGUCUAGCAAAAAAUCAAGCACACGACCCUAUCUUUUUUAUUUGCUUAAUUUUCUAGGUAUAUUCUAAAGUUUUGAAAAAUCAGUGUUUAAUCAAAUUCUACAUUGUAGAAAUAAUUUCGAUCCAAACGCGCAGAACUACCUUAAUAUUACAAACUGGGAUAUAAAUGUUCUAAAUUGUCAUCCAAAUACACCGAGAUAUACUGUUAUAAUUUAUUGAAAUUAACCCUUGUUUUCUAAAGAGGAUACAAAGUGUCAUGUUUACAUUCUAUACCAAACUUGGCGGAAAUGAAUAACUGAAAAAUUUCACAUCAGCUAUAGGCGAGUAGCUUUAAUCCAAAACCUGCUGCGCUGAAACUUGCACUGAUUAUUAUUAGUAGUAGUGGUGAUAUUAAGUACACCAUUCUUGUGGAAAAAUGAAAUUUAAUUCUUUUGAAGUGGUUUCAAUGUUAGUAUAUAUCACAGUUGUGUAUAGUGAUAAGGCAAGCAUAGAAACAAAACUUGGAACAAUCAAUGGUGUAACUGAAGACAUAGAUGUAUUCGGAGAGCAUUUCCGCGUGUCCAAGUUUCUUGGCAUACCUUACGCGGAACCACCAGUUGGAGAAUUACGAUUUAGGAAACCCAUCCCGAAAUUGCCGCUGAAAGAGUCACUAGAUGCAGUCCGCUAUGGAAAUGCAUGUUUGCAAGUAGACAUUGGAAUGCAACCAAAAGGAGAUACUAUAUUUUCAGAGGAUUGCCUUUACUUGAAUAUAUAUGCUCCAGCCAAAGGAGACAUAGGAGAAAAGUUCGCGGUGAUGGUUUGGUUUCACGGCGGAGGUUUCGUGGUUGGGUCAUCUGACAUCUACUCCGGGGAUCAUCUUUCUGCUUACGGUAAUGUUAUUGUUGUCACGGUUAACUAUAGACUGUCGAUUUGGGGUUUUCUUAGCACAGGAGAUGAGCAUGCGCCUGGCAAUUACGGGCUCUGGGAUCAGCGGAUGGCGCUCAUUUGGGUUCACGAAAAUAUUGCAGCUUUUGGCGGUGAUCCAGACAGAGUUACUAUAUUUGGAGAAUCUGCAGGGGCGGCUAGUGUAAUAUUUCAGGGACUUUAUCCCGAUAAUCGAGGACUAUUCCAGAGAGUGAUCGCCCAGUCAGGAUCUGCUGGGUCAUGGUGGGCUAGUAACGACCACCGUCUAGAAAACACAGAGAAGCUAGCGAAAUAUGCUGACUGUAAAACGAAACAUACCAGUGAUAUGGUUGCCUGUUUGAAAUCUGUUCCAGGUGAAACGUUGCUAGAUAUUGGUAAUGACAUGAACAAUGGUUUCAAAACUGUUCCCGUACCAUUCAUACCUAACUGGGAUAAUGAAUUCAUAAGUACUCCAACAAGACAAACCUUUGUGAAAGACAAUAAUUUGCCCGUGCAAUCACGAGACUUCUUUAUGUCCCUGGACAUAAUGGUUGGUAUGAAUUGUGGAGAAGGCAGUCUUGCAGUUAGUCCAUUCUUUGGAGUUCCAGACCCUGAUAAUUUCCUUCCAAAUAUGACUGAAUUUGAGCAAUUUAUUGUACCAGCGUUACAGAAACUUGCCUUUCCGGAAAAUAAUGAAACGAUCAUUAGAGACGCUGUAGUUGCAGAGUAUACGAACUGGGAAAACCCCGAGGAUGAAUAUAUGAUAAGAGAAGAGUUUCUUGCAAUGCACGCAGAUUUCACAUUCACAGAUCCUCUAUACCGCACAUUAGACUAUCAUGCGCCGUCGGCAAGCAACACGUAUAUGUAUUAUUUUGAUGAGGUGUCAUUGAAUCAUCUAUUUUGCCACAUGCCUUGGUUCGAAAAGCUUGGUCAUGGGGAUGAAAUACCGUUCAUCUUCGGAUUUAAAAAUGCUGACCACUUGGCCGAAUGGAAGUUUUAUGCUAAUAAAUGGGAGGAACAACUGUCUAAAAGUGUCAUCAAACUGUGGUCAAAUUUUGCCAAAACGGGAAAUCCUAAUUUCCCAGAUGAUCUCAAACUUGACUGGCUACCAUACACAACGAAACACCAGCAUUAUUUGCAAAUAUCACGUGAUAUGACGUCAUUGAAUGUUAAACAACGCUGGAACACACGUCGAGCAAAUUUUUGGGCCAACUUCCUUCCAAAACUUGUAGAUUCAACACACUGUCAGAGUGAUAGUACAUCAUUUAUAACAGGGACUUGUUCAGCAAAUGAGGAAUGUUUUCCAUAGAAUGAAACAUUUUGUACAUCUAUGUAAAACAAAGCAUUCUAAUGAAACACUAAAAAUACAGAACAAAACAGCUAAUUCUGCCAAUACUUUAUAGGUCUACUUUUCUGAAAUUAUUUUGCAUAGAUCUACUAUUAGAUCAACGCGUUGUUAAAAGCACAUUUUGUUAAAGUUGUUAUUGACUUCCCUCAUAAUGUUUUUCCUAUUCUAGACAAUUAAGCGUAUUAUUGUGACAUUUCAGAGACGAGUUACUUAAUAUGGCAUAGAUUUAUUUCGUUAAAAUUUUGACAUGUUGUUAGAUCUAACAGCAUAUUGCCCUGAGUGUUCGCUAAAAAUUCAAAAAGUACUUUCAAUAACUUUUAAGACUUUGACAAAAUAAAUGGUGGUUAAGUUGUUUUGUUCAGUUUAGUUUAUUUUUUUUUUGUCGAGCUGAUUUCUACUUUUUUUUAACAUUAGAGAUGUUGUUCAUCUUUCAAAAUGAUGUUUCAUAGAGAUAUGCCUACUUACAAAAGCUGAUAACUGUCAGUAUUUUCUUACCAUUUUGUUUUACUGUAAGUAACAUUUUUAGCUAGAGUGAAACAUAUUUAUCACACUUAGAUCUAGUUAGAUUGUUUGGAAAAUAUUCAGUUUCAAAAAUGAAUAUUGAUCCUUUUACAUGUAGAGCUACAUCUAUUGUUACAAUUUAUGAUAUAAUUACAUGGAUGAGCAUAUUUCGUUUUAUUAUAUACCUGUAUAAAUUCUGUAAAAAAUUCGGCUUGUAUUUCACAAUUAAAUAUGAACAGGCAGAAAAAAUUC